AUGUGGUUUGAUAAAUUCUUGCUUUGUUUUCGUUCGAUUUCCGCCGGCCCUCUCGAGGACAGUGUGUGCGGGCUGAUCGGAGCAGGGAUGGCUGCCAGCUGCCUCCACUCCAUCAUCCCCAGCAGAGGCACCAGUGGCUUCUCCUCCUGCCUUCGGGGUGCCUGUUCACGCCGGGAGAAGCUGUUUAGAGGACCCAGCUCCUCUCCCCUGCUGCCGCUGGCUGCAGCGGCUCCGCAGCCAUCCUCUCAGCCGUCACAUGCAAGCACGCCGUGCGAGCAUCGCACCGUGUCAGGGACACAGGACAGCCCCGGGGGCGUGAAAAUGCUGGAGAUGUUCCUGCAUUUCCCUGGGAAGAGCCAGGCUGGUUGCAGCUCAGCCUCAAGCGUGGCGUUUGCUGCCCUCCUGGAGAAAGGCGAGGAGAGGAAAGGGGGUGCCCGAAGCGGGGCCAAGCUAAAUACGGGGCUGAGAGGUCCUCCAUGGCUGAAGCAGCGGCUGCAGGGAGGAGGCAGCCAGGAAGCCGCCCCUAUAGACGUAGCUAUACUCCUCCAGGCUUCUGCAUAUACAUUUCCACUGCUGUCUGCCUGUGCCGGAGCGGGAACGUGCGUCUCCGAAGCAGCACGGGGAUUAAUGGGCUGUAAGGAACAGGGCAGCUCUCUCCGCACCGUCCCUGUCCCAACCGGCAGCGGGUGCAGCCCUGGGACGGCCAAGCCCCGAGCCAGUUCUGCUCCAGCAGCUCCUCCGAAACAUCCCAGCUCAAAGCAAUUUUACAAGAAGCCUUCACUUCCAGGGAGUCUGACCUUUUCAUUAAUAAAUCAGCUGUGUUAUUGA